AUGCGGCCGUCCGUCCAUGCCGCCCGCUUGGUCCGACGCAACGUCCUCGAGAAGUAUCUCCGCCCUCUUCCGGCUCGGCCGUACCCCGUCCUCCCCCAGACCCUAGCGGACCUCCCUCCGGACCCUUCUGGCAAGAAAGGGCCAGCCUUCGAGACGGCUGCAAGCGCACCGGUCGGAACGUCCCUCCAGGAAACGCCCCCGCCGGACUCUACGGCGCGGACGAAGCUGGCUACUCAGUUGCCUGCUAUGAUGCCGCUCGUCGAGGAGAAGCCCGUCAAGGCGCCUGUCCCUGCCAAAGAGAAGGAGAUGCGGGUUGAGGGGGUUUUGAUACCCGCCAAGCCUAUACCUCCCGGUGAAGAGGAAUGCUGCAUGUCUGGCUGUGUGCACUGCGUAUAUACCAUCUACGCCGACGACCUCGAGAUUUACACCGAUGCCCUUUCAGAGGCGAGACAAGCGCUAGUUCAGGCCGGACGAGCCCUGUCCGGCUGGCCGGAGGUCGUACGGACUAUGGAGAAGCAGGGGAAGUCGGGAGCCGAUGUGGAGAAGGAUACCACGAAGAAGGUGGUCGAGGGGUUGGAUCCAACCAUGGCUGCCUUCUUGGCAUUGGAGAACAGGUUGAAGAAGCAACAGAUCGCUACGCCGACCUAG